AUGGAGCGACUGACCGGUUCCCCUCGACAGACGGGCAAGCUCUACCUCUCGACCUCGUUCCUCACUUUCACGUCCCUCGACCGCCGAUCAUGCCGCCUCACGUUGCCGCUCGCGACCAUCCGCCGGGUCGAGAAGCUCGCCCCAGGUCAAGAGGGGACCGCGCCAGGCGCGUUCGCGCUCGGCCUGACGCUCUUCCACGGCCUCCGCAUCAUCCUCCAGCUCAACUCGCUCCGGCCGACCAACGACCAGUUCUGCGCCCAGUUACGCGUGCGCCUCAAGGCCUCGCUGCCCCUCAUGAAGGCGCUCAAGCCGUUCGCGCAGACCUUCUUCUCCGAGUGGUUCCUGUCGCCCGACCGCAACCUCGACCGCGAGCGCGACCGCGACCGGGACGGCGACGCGACGACGCCGGCGACGACGCCCGGCGUGGCACCUGUUGGCGAGCUCAUCUCCGGCAUGAUCUUCAAGUUCCCUGGCGACCCGCGCAAGCUGCGCGAGCGGAGCAAGAUGAAGCUCUGGCGCUCCUUCCUCACCCAGUACGGCCGCAACCUGACCUUGAUCCGGUACCCGUCCUUCACGCGCCUCGUCCUCGUCGGCCUGCCCAACCGCCUCCGAGGCGAGAUCUGGGAGCUCACGUGCGGCAGCAUGUUCCUGCGGCUCGGCAACCCGGGUCGUUACGCUCAGAUCCUGCGCGACCACGAGGGGAGGAGGUCGUCAAGCACCGACGACAUCGAGAAGGACUUACACCGCUCCCUUCCCGAGUACCCGGCCUACCAGGACGAGAAGGGCAUCGACACGAUGCGGCGCGUCUUGACGGCCUACUCGUGGAGCAACCCUGCACUCGGCUACUGCCAGGCCAUGAACCUCGUCACGGCGUCUUUCCUCAUCUACAUGUCCGAGGAGCAGUGCUUCUGGUGCCUCACGGUCCUGUGCGACCGGCUCCUGCCUGGUUACUACAGCCCGUCGAUGUACGGCACCGUCCUCGAUCAGCGCGUGUUCGAGCACCUCGUCCAGCGGUGCCUCCCGUUCCUCCACGACCACUUUGCCGCCAACGACAUCCAGCUCAGCGUCGCGAGCUUGCCCUGGUUCCUGUCGCUGUACAUCUCGAGCAUGCCCAUGGUCUUUGCGUUCAGGAUCAUCGACUGCUUCUUCCUCAUGGGCCCAAAGGUGCUCUUCCAGGUCGGGCUCGCCAUCCUCAAGCUCAACAGCCCCGAGCUGCUCGAGACGACCGACGACGGCGCCUUCAUCAACGUCCUCAAGGCGUACUUUGCCACGCUCGGCGAUUCGGCGCACCCGAACGCGCACGACCCCAAGACGCGGCAGAUCACCAAGUUCCAGGAGCUCUUCGUCGUCGCCUUUCGCGAGUUCUCGGUCAUCACGGACGACACGAUCGCCUCGGAGCGCAAGCGCUUCCGCUCCGAGGUGCUCGUCUCGAUCGAGACGUUCGCCAAGCGCACCGCCAUCCGCAACCUGUCGUCGACCGGCCGGCUCGACAAGGCGCAGCUCGGCCUCGCGUACGACCACUUUCAGCUCGCCGUCCUGCGCAUGAAGGACGCCGAGCGAGAAGCCGCCAUCGCUGCCGCGAGGUCGACCCUCUUGACGCUCGACGCCGACGGGCGGCCGCCGCGCGAAGACCCUCGGCCCGAGGACCGCAUCGACCGCCAGGCGUUCGGCGGCUUCAUGGGCGACGUGGCGACGUGGGCGAGGGACGAGAAGGUGGUGCGCAACGGCCUCAUCGCGCACGUCGAGCGGGUCCCGGUCGAGCACGCCGUCAUCGACCGCGUCUUUGCCAAGUGGGACGUCGAGGGCAAAGGAGCGCUCUCGUUCCAGAACAUCGUCCACGGGCUCGACGGCGUCCUCUUCAACGACCUCAUGCAGAACGUCGCGUGGGUGUUCGCCAUCUACGACUCGGACGGCGACGGGUACCUCACCAAGGACGAGAUCCUGCAGGUGUCCGAGGCGCUCCUCUACAUUUUCCGCAACGAGCCCGGCGACCGCUACCUCGGCUCGGUGUCGAACCUCCUCCAGAACCUGUUCGAGUUCGCCGAGAGCACCAAGCCCGACCCGUCCUCCCUUCCUCCGCCUACCUCUUCUUCCUCCUCCUCGUCACCUGCACUCGGCUCUUCCACCUCGACCGACGCCUCGACCGCCGCCACCGCCGUCGACGAGGAGCACCGCCCCUUCCUGUCGCUCGCGACGUUCCGCAUGUGCAUCCUCGCCGACGCGCUCCUCGAGGACUUUUUCGACUCGGACCUGACCAAGAGCUGGCGCCUCGAGGUCCUCGUCCCCGAGGAGAAGCCCAAGCCGCAGACGAUCGCCGGCGGGUGGCUGAGGGGCAUCGUGAGCGCCGUCGUGACGGACGAGAACAAGGAGCGCUUCAACCGGCUCGCCGACGAGGUCGGCAAGCGCCUCGACAUCCAGACGGUGGAACAGCGUCCGAGUAUCGGCAAGCUCGAUGCCGCCGCCGCCGCCAUCGAGCCGACUGCGCGCGACUCGCUCUUCUCGACCUCGACCUCGCGCGCCAAGCCUCCUCCUGCGACUUCCGGUACCACCUCGUCCCUCGCCGCCGCCGAGCCGAUCAACCCGCUCUCGGCAGCCGCCAUGCGCAUGCCGGCGUACCCGAGCUCGAGCUCGACGGCGUCGUACGCGCCGGCGGAGGACAACCCGUGGUCGGACGCGCGCAGCUCGACGGCCGCAGGCGACAUUGACGUGCAGGCGCUCGCCCAGGCGGCGAUGCAGCGGCCGCAGUUUGCGGUGGACGAGGCGACCGAGGGCGACGGCGGCGAGGAGUACGGCGGCGAGGGCGAGUUGCUCGGGGCGGUGGACGCCAUGCUCGAGGACGACGAUGCUCAUGCGGGAGACGCUCUUUGAGAACCUGCAACAAGCGGUUUGUGCGCCGUU